UUGGCCCUGGCCCCAGGCUGGGUGGAGAGGAUGCCUUCGGAGGCGCAGAAUCCGAAAAUAUGGAUCAACUCAUAAACAACUUGGAGGUCCAGCUUAAUUCAGAAGGUGGCUCCAUGCAUGUAUUCAAACAGGUGACUGGAUCUGUUCAGAUCAGAGAUCCUCCAAAGACAGCAGACAGAGGUAGUAUGACAUCUCUACCACUUCUGGCUGCCAACCCCAUGGAGAACCCAGCACUGUUUAAUGACAUCAAGAUUGAGCCCCCAGAAGAACUUCUGGCUAAUGAGUUCAACCUGCCCCAGGUGGAACCAGUCGACCUCUCCUUUCACAAGCCCAAGGCUCCUCUCCAGCCUGCCAGCAUGCUGCAAGCUCCAGUACGUCCUCCCAAGCCACAGCCUGUACCCCAGACUCCUGUAGUGUCCUCUUCAACCUCUGACACAGGCAGUUUAGCAAACAUCCCUACAGUUCUGACUCCAGGCUCUAUUCUGGCCUCCUCUCAGGGCACCUGUGGCCAGCAGAUUUUGCAUGUGAUUCACACCAUCCCUUCAGUCAGUCUGCCAAAUAAAAUGGGUGGCCUGAAAACCAUCCCAGUAGUGGUGCAGUCGCUGCCUAUGGUGUAUACUACUUUGCCUGCAGAUGGGAGCCCUGCAGCCAUUACAGUCCCACUCAUUGGAGGAGAUGGCAAAAAUGCUGGAUCAGUGAAAGUUGACCCCACCUCCAUGUCUCCACUGGAAAUCCCAAGUGAUAGUGAGGAAAGUGCAAAUGAGAGUGGAUCCUUGGCCUUACAGGGACUACAGCAAGAAUCGACAGCAAUGACCCAAAUGCAGGGAGAAGAGUCCCUUGACUUGAAGAGAAGACGGAUUCACCAAUGUGACUUUGCUGGAUGCAGCAAAGUAUACACCAAAAGCUCUCACCUGAAAGCCCACCGCAGAAUCCAUACAGGAGAGAAGCCUUAUAAAUGCACCUGGGAUGGCUGCUCCUGGAAAUUUGCUCGCUCAGAUGAGCUUACCCGCCAUUUCCGCAAGCACACAGGCAUCAAGCCCUUCCGGUGCACAGACUGCAACCGUAGCUUUUCCCGCUCUGACCAUCUGUCCCUGCACCGCCGGCGCCAUGACACCAUGUGA